AUGACGGGGUGCCUGUGGCCGUGCGUAUCCGGCACCAAUGCCAAGACGGCGGGGAGCGGGGGUUUGUUCCGGUCCAAGCCGAGGAGUCCAACCGAGCUGGUGCGACACAUGGGCGAGCUCCUCCGCUUCCUCUCCGAGCAUCCGGAACCUUGCGGUGGGAAGCUUGACAGCAAGCGUGAACAGAAGAUGGAAGAUCUAAGCAGAGCUAUCAGGGAGACGAAAUUCACUCUGUAUGGAAAUGGUGACGCAGAACCGAUUGCAGAAGCAUGCACACAAUUGACUAAGGAGUUCUUCAAAGAGAAUAUUCUGCGCCUCAUAAUUGUUAACCUUCCACAUCUGGACUUGGAAACUCAAAAGGAUGUAACUCAAGUUAUUGCAAAUCUGCAAAGGCAAAAGGUGGACUCGAGGAUAAUUGCUUCUGAUUACUUGGAAGUCAACCAAGAUCUUUUGGAUACAUUAGUGUGUGGUUACGAUAACACGGACAUUGCGAUACAUUAUAGUUCCAUGUUAAGGGACUGCAUACGUCACCAAGUUGCUGCAAGGUAUGUAUUAUCUUCUCAACACAUGAAGAAAUUCUUCGAUUAUAUUCAGUUCCCGGACUUCAACCUAGCAUCAGACGCCUUCAAGACUUUUAAGGAACUUUUGACAAGGCAUAAAUCAACCGCUGCCGAGUUUUUCAACAAAAAUUAUGAUUGGUUUUUUCCAGAAUUUAACUCGAAGCUGCUACAGUCUUCAAACUAUAUCAUCCGAAGGCAAUCUAUUCAGCUACUUGGGGACAUUCUUUUGGAGAGAUUAAAUUCAUCAGUGAUGGUGCGCUACGUCAGUUCAAAGGAAAACCUCAUAGUUCUAAUGAACCUAUUAAGGGAACAAAGCAAGGCUAUACAAAUAGAGGCCUUCCGUGUUUUCAAGUUGUUCACUGCCAAUCAGAAUAAGCCACGCGAGAUCGUCAGCAUACUGUUGACAAACAAGAGCAAAAUCCUCAGGUUCUUGAAAGACUUCACCAUAGAAAAAGAGGAUAGACUGCUCGAGUCUGACAAAGAACAAGUCUCUAUGGACAUCUUGGCUAUGGAGUUGUAG